AUGGUGGCCCUAUCCUUAAAGAUCUGUGUCCGCCACUGCAAUGUGGUGAAGACCAUGCAGUUUGAGCCGUCUACAGCUGUGUAUGACGCCUGUCGAGUCAUUCGGGAGAGAGUACCUGAGGCACAGACCGGGCAAGCUUCUGACUAUGGGCUGUUUCUCUCUGACGAAGACCCAAGGAAAGGGAUUUGGCUAGAAGCAGGUCGGACACUGGAUUACUACAUGUUGCGGAAUGGGGACAUUCUGGAGUACAAGAAGAAACAGAGGCCUCAGAAAAUCCGAAUGUUGGAUGGCUCUGUGAAGACGGUGAUGGUGGAUGACUCCAAGACGGUGGGCGAGCUCCUGGUCACCAUCUGCAGCAGGAUAGGAAUAACAAAUUAUGAAGAAUACUCUUUAAUCCAAGAAACCAUUGAAGAAAAGAAAGAAGAAGGGACAGGCACACUAAAAAAAGACAGGACGUUGUUACGAGAUGAGAGGAAGAUGGAGAAGCUGAAAGCCAAGCUACACACGGAUGAUGACUUAAAUUGGCUAGAUCACAGCCGGACAUUCAGAGAGCAAGGCGUGGAUGAGAAUGAGACAUUGCUGCUUCGACGGAAGUUCUUUUACUCGGAUCAGAAUGUGGACUCGAGAGACCCAGUGCAGUUGAACUUGCUUUAUGUCCAGGCUCGGGAUGACAUCUUGAAUGGCUCUCACCCUGUCUCCUUCGAGAAGGCAUGUGAGUUUGGUGGGUUCCAAGCCCAGAUCCAGUUUGGCCCUCACGUGGAACAUAAGCACAAGCCCGGAUUCUUAGAUCUAAAGGAAUUCCUGCCAAAAGAAUACAUCAAGCAGAGAGGAGCCGAGAAGCGGAUAUUUCAGGAACAUAAAAACUGUGGAGAGAUGAGUGAAAUAGAAGCCAAGGUGAAGUAUGUCAAACUCGCCCGGUCCCUCCGGACAUACGGGGUGUCCUUUUUCCUGGUGAAGGAAAAAAUGAAAGGCAAGAACAAGCUGGUUCCCCGCCUCCUGGGCAUCACCAAGGACUCCGUCAUGCGUGUGGAUGAGAAGACCAAGGAGGUGCUACAGGAGUGGCCGCUCACCACGGUCAAGCGCUGGGCAGCUUCACCUAAGAGCUUCACACUGGAUUUUGGGGAAUACCAAGAAAGCUACUAUUCAGUACAAACCACAGAGGGGGAGCAAAUAUCCCAGCUGAUUGCAGGAUACAUUGACAUCAUCCUCAAAAAGAAACAAAGCAAAGAUAGAUUUGGGCUGGAAGGGGAUGAGGAGUCAACUAUGUUAGAAGAGUCAGUUUCCCCAAAAAAAUCUACCAUCUUGCAACAGCAGUUCAACCGGACUGGGAAGGCAGAGCACGGCUCGGUGGCACUGCCAGCUGUCAUGCGCUCUGGCUCCAGUGGGCCUGAGACUUUCAAUGUCGGCAGCAUGCCGUCACCACAGCAGCAGGUCAUGGUCGGACAGAUGCACCGAGGACACAUGCCGCCACUGACUUCGGCACAGCAAGCCCUUAUGGGGACCAUCAACACAAGCAUGCACGCUGUCCAGCAGGCUCAGGAUGACCUCAGCGAGCUCGACUCACUGCCACCUCUCGGCCAAGAUAUGGCAUCGAGGGUAUGGGUUCAGAACAAAGUGGAUGAAUCCAAGCAUGAAAUCCACUCUCAAGUCGAUGCUAUCACAGCUGGAACGGCGUCUGUUGUCAACCUCACAGCUGGUGACCCCGCAGACACUGACUACACAGCCGUGGGCUGUGCAAUCACUACAAUUUCUUCCAACCUGACGGAAAUGUCCAAGGGGGUCAAGCUGCUGGCGGCCCUCAUGGAUGACGAUGUAGGGAGUGGGGAGGACCUUCUCAGAGCUGCCAGGACCCUCGCCGGGGCCGUGUCUGAUUUGCUGAAGGCCGUGCAGCCUACUUCUGGAGAGCCACGACAGACUGUUUUGACGGCUGCCGGAAGCAUCGGCCAAGCCAGUGGAGAUCUCCUGAGACAGAUCGGAGAGAACGAGACGGACGAGAGAUUCCAAGAUGUUUUGAUGAGUCUGGCUAAAGCUGUUGCCAACGCUGCUGCCAUGUUAGUCCUCAAGGCGAAGAAUGUGGCCCAGGUGGCUGAAGACACCGUCCUACAGAACAGGGUGAUCGCCGCAGCCACCCAGUGUGCCCUCUCCACCUCACAGCUCGUGGCGUGUGCUAAGGUAGUGAGCCCCACCAUCAGCUCUCCGGUGUGCCAGGAGCAGCUGAUCGAAGCUGGGAAGCUGGUGGACCGCUCUGUGGAAAACUGUGUUCGCGCCUGCCAGGCGGCCACUGGUGACAGUGAGCUGCUGAAGCAGGUCAGCGCGGCGGCCAGCGUGGUCAGCCAGGCCCUGCACGACCUCCUGCAACAUGUGCGGCAGUUUGCCAGCCGAGGCGAGCCCAUUGGCCGCUACGACCAGGCCACCGACACCAUUAUGUGUGUCACUGAGAGCAUCUUCAGUUCCAUGGGUGAUGCUGGUGAAAUGGUGCGCCAAGCCCGGGUGCUCGCCCAGGCCACAUCAGAUCUCGUCAAUGCCAUGAGGUCAGAUGCGGAGGCUGAGAUUGACAUGGAGAAUUCCAAGAAGCUCCUGGCAGCCGCAAAACUCUUGGCUGACUCCACUGCCCGCAUGGUGGAAGCCGCAAAGGGGGCUGCAGCCAACCCAGAGAAUGAAGAUCAGCAGCAAAGGCUGAGAGAAGCCGCUGAGGGACUCCGAGUAGCAACCAAUGCCGCGGCACAAAAUGCUAUUAAGAAAAAAAUUGUCAACCGGCUGGAGGUUGCAGCCAAGCAGGCUGCAGCUGCUGCCACACAGACCAUUGCAGCCUCUCAGAAUGCAGCCAUCUCCAACAAGAACCCCGCGGCCCAGCAGCAACUGGUCCAGAGCUGCAAGGCGGUGGCUGAUCACAUCCCUCAGCUAGUACAGGGUGUGAGAGGGAGCCAGGCACAAGCGGAAGACCUCAGCGCCCAGCUGGCUCUCAUCAUCUCCAGCCAGAACUUCCUGCAGCCUGGAAGCAAGAUGGUGUCCUCUGCUAAGGCUGCGGUGCCCACUGUGAGUGACCAGGCUGCAGCUAUGCAGUUGAGUCAGUGUGCCAAGAACCUGGCAACCAGCCUAGCUGAGCUGCGCACUGCCUCACAGAAGGCCCAUGAAGCCUGUGGUCCCAUGGAAAUCGAUUCUGCACUGAACACAGUGCAGGCUCUCAAGAAUGAACUGCAGGAUGCCAAGAUGGCCGCUGCAGAAAGUCAACUGAAACCACUGCCAGGAGAAACACUAGAAAAGUGUGCCCAGGACCUGGGAAGCACCUCUAAGGGCGUGGGCUCCUCCAUGGCGCAGCUCCUCACCUGCGCGGCUCAAGGCAAUGAGCACUACACAGGUGUGGCAGCUAGAGAAACAGCCCAAGCUCUGAAAACACUGGCCCAGGCUGCCCGGGGAGUGGCUGCCUCUACAAAUGAUCCUGAGGCUGCUCAUGCCAUGUUAGACUCUGCUCGGGAUGUGAUGGAGGGUUCUGCCAUGCUCAUCCAAGAAGCCAAGCAGGCCUUGAUUGCACCUGGAGAUACAGAAAGUCAGCAGAGAUUAGCCCAGGUGGCCAAAGCUGUGUCUCACUCACUGAAUAACUGCGUCAAUUGCCUCCCUGGGCAGAAGGAUGUGGAUGUCGCCUUGAAGAGCAUCGGAGAGUCCAGCAAGAAGCUACUUGUAGAUUCGCUACCUCCGAGCACAAAGCCUUUCCAGGAAGCCCAGAGUGAGCUGAACCAGGCUGCUGCUGAUCUGAACCAGUCCGCUGGGGAAGUUGUCCAUGCCACAAGGGGCCAGAGUGGAGAACUGGCAGCCGCUUCUGGCAAGUUCAGCGAUGACUUUGACGAGUUCCUGGAUGCCGGUAUUGAGAUGGCUGGCCAGGCGCAGACGAAAGAAGACCAGAUGCAGGUGAUAGGCAACCUGAAGAAUAUCUCCAUGGCAUCCAGCAAGCUACUGUUAGCAGCCAAGUCUCUCUCUGUAGAUCCUGGAGCUCCCAACGCAAAAAAUCUUCUGGCUGCAGCUGCCAGAGCUGUGACGGAGAGCAUCAAUCAGCUCAUCAUGUUGUGCACUCAGCAAGCCCCUGGGCAGAAGGAGUGUGACAAUGCCCUGCGAGAGCUCGAGACCGUCAAGGGGAUGUUGGAAAACCCGAAUGAGCCUGUGAGCGACCUCUCUUACUUUGACUGCAUCGAGAGUGUGAUGGAGAACUCCAAGGUUCUGGGCGAGUCAAUGGCAGGGAUUUCACAGAAUGCCAAGACUGGAGACCUCCCUGCCUUCGGAGAAUGUGUGGGGAUUGCAUCCAAGGCUCUCUGUGGGCUGACAGAGGCAGCAGCCCAGGCUGCCUACCUGGUUGGCAUCUCGGAUCCAAACAGCCAGGCAGGCCAUCAAGGCCUGGUGGACCCCAUCCAGUUUGCCAGGGCUAACCAGGCGAUCCAGAUGGCAUGUCAAAACUUGGUGGACCCUGGCAGCAGCCCAUCACAGGUUCUGUCAGCUGCCACUAUCGUGGCCAAGCACACCUCAGCUUUAUGCAAUGCCUGCCGCAUUGCCUCGUCCAAGACGGCCAACCCUGUUGCCAAGAGGCAUUUCGUCCAGUCAGCCAAGGAAGUUGCCAACAGCACCGCCAACCUGGUCAAGACCAUCAAGGCCCUGGAUGGGGAUUUCUCUGAAGACAACCGCAAUAAGUGUCGAAUUGCUACCACACCCUUGAUUGAGGCUGUGGAGAACCUGACAGCGUUUGCCUCAAACCCCGAGUUUGCCAGCAUUCCUGCACAGAUCAGCUCUGAGGGCUCCCAGGCACAGGAACCGAUCUUGGUCUCAGCCAGGACCAUGCUGGAGAGUUCGUCAUACCUCAUCCGCACGGCGCGCUCUCUGGCCAUCAACCCCAAAGACCCGCCCACCUGGUCCGUGUUGGCUGGACACUCGCACACUGUGUCUGACUCCAUUAAGAGCCUCAUCACGUCUAUCAGGGACAAAGCCCCAGGGCAGAGGGAAUGUGACUACUCCAUUGAUGGCAUCAACCGGUGCAUCAGGGACAUCGAGCAGGCCUCCCUGGCUGCAGUCAGCCAGAGCCUGGCCACGAGGGAUGACAUCUCUGUGGAGGCCCUACAGGAACAGCUGACCUCAGUGGUCCAGGAGAUUGGGCAUCUGAUUGACCCCAUUGCCACAGCAGCCCGGGGAGAAGCUGCCCAACUUGGACAUAAGGUGACACAGCUGGCAAGCUACUUCGAGCCCUUGAUCUUAGCUGCAGUUGGUGUUGCCUCUAAGAUGCUGGACCAUCAACAACAGAUGACAGUGCUGGACCAGACCAAGACUCUUGCAGAAUCUGCCCUCCAGAUGCUGUAUGCAGCCAAAGAAGGUGGAGGAAAUCCCAAGCAAGCACAGCACACCCACGACGCCAUCACAGAGGCUGCGCAGCUGAUGAAGGAAGCUGUAGAUGACAUUAUGGUGACACUGAAUGAAGCUGCCAGUGAGGUGGGGCUGGUGGGAGGCAUGGUGGACGCCAUCGCAGAGGCCAUGAGCAAGCUGGAUGAAGGCACACCUCCAGAACCAAAGGGAACAUUUGUUGACUACCAGACGACUGUGGUUAAAUACUCCAAAGCCAUUGCUGUCACAGCUCAGGAAAUGAUGACUAAGUCGGUUACUAACCCGGAGGAAUUGGGAGGCCUGGCUUCACAAAUGACCACUGACUAUGGGCACCUGGCUCUCCAGGGCCAGAUGGCAGCAGCCACCGCCGAACCAGAGGAGAUUGGAUUCCAGAUUCGCACACGUGUGCAGGACCUUGGCCAUGGCUGUAUCUUCCUGGUGCAGAAGGCGGGGGCCCUCCAGGUGUGCCCCACAGACAGCUACACCAAGAGGGAGCUGAUCGAGUGUGCUCGCUCUGUCACUGAGAAGGUGUCCUUGGUGCUGUCUGCUCUCCAGGCUGGAAACAAGGGGACCCAGGCAUGCAUCACGGCUGCCACUGCAGUUUCUGGGAUCAUUGCUGAUCUGGAUACCACCAUCAUGUUUGCAACAGCUGGGACGCUGAAUGCAGAAAAUGGCGAGACCUUUGCUGACCACAGGGAGAACAUUCUGAAGACAGCCAAGGCCUUGGUGGAAGACACUAAACUGCUUGUGUCAGGGGCUGCAUCUACUCCAGACAAGCUGGCCCAGGCAGCUCAAUCCUCAGCAGCAACCAUCACCCAGCUUGCCGAGGUGGUCAAGCUAGGGGCCGCCAGCCUGGGCUCCAAUGACCCUGAGACCCAGGUGGUACUGAUAAAUGCUAUCAAAGACGUGGCCAAGGCCCUUUCCGAUCUCAUUGGUGCUACCAAGGGAGCUGCCAGCAAACCAGCGGAUGACCCCUCCAUGUACCAGCUCAAAGGAGCCGCCAAGGUCAUGGUCACCAAUGUCACCUCCCUUCUUAAGACUGUGAAGGCAGUAGAAGACGAGGCCACCCGAGGCACAAGGGCUCUUGAGGCCACAAUCGAGUACAUAAAACAGGAGCUCACAGUGUUCCAGUCAAAAGACAUACCUGAGAAGACAUCAUCACCCGAGGAAUCAAUACGAAUGACGAAAGGUAUCACCAUGGCAACAGCCAAAGCCGUGGCAGCUGGGAACUCAUGUAGACAGGAGGAUGUGAUUGCCACCGCCAAUCUGAGCAGGAAGGCUGUCUCAGACAUGUUGAUAGCUUGCAAGCAAGCAUCCUUCUACCCUGAUGUCAGUGAAGAGGUACGAACUAGAGCCUUGCGGUACGGCACAGAAUGCACCUUGGGCUACCUGGACCUACUGGAACACGUCUUGGUGAUCCUUCAGAAGCCGACCCCAGAACUGAAGCAUCAGCUGGCGGCUUUCUCCAAGAGAGUUGCUGGCGCUGUGACCGAGCUCAUCCAGGCAGCGGAAACCAUGAAAGGAACAGAGUGGGUGGACCCAGAAGACCCCACCGUCAUUGCAGAAACCGAGUUACUGGGAGCUGCAGCUUCCAUUGAAGCCGCUGCCAAGAAGUUAGAGCAGCUGAAGCCAAGAGCGAAGCCAAAGCAAGCAGACGAGACCCUGGAUUUUGAAGAACAGAUCUUAGAAGCUGCUAAAUCCAUCGCCGCUGCCACCAGUGCCCUGGUCAAAUCGGCCUCAGCAGCACAGAGGGAGCUGGUGGCCCAAGGCAAGGUGGGCUCCAUCCCUGCCAACGCUGCUGACGACGGACAGUGGUCCCAGGGGCUGAUCUCUGCUGCCCGGAUGGUGGCAGCAGCGACCAGCAGUCUCUGUGAGGCAGCCAAUGCCUCUGUUCAGGGACAUGCCAGUGAGGAAAAGCUCAUCUCAUCCGCCAAGCAGGUGGCAGCAUCAACUGCUCAGCUGCUGGUGGCCUGCAAGGUGAAGGCCGACCAGGACUCAGAGGCCAUGAAGCGGCUACAGGCGGCAGGGAAUGCUGUGAAGAGAGCCUCAGACAAUCUUGUCCGUGCGGCCCAGAAGGCAGCAUUUGGCAAAGCUGACGAUGACGAUGUUGUCGUGAAAACCAAGUUCGUGGGAGGCAUUGCUCAGAUCAUUGCAGCCCAGGAGGAAAUGCUGAAGAAGGAACGAGAGCUGGAGGAAGCCAGGAAGAAGCUGGCCCAGAUCCGCCAGCAGCAGUACAAAUUCCUGCCCACAGAGCUGAGGGAAGAUGAGGGCUAAGACCCGCCCAUGAUGGCGAGCCCCCAGGAGGUGGUUCCUACUCCCCCAACAAGAACUGGACAUACCGGUGUUCCCCUGAGCCAGGAACUUCCUGGAGACCCCUGGCCCUCCGCCUGGAGACUCUCUCCCAGUCCUCAGUCCUGUCACCGUCAGCUGCAUGAUCAUGAUCUCACACGGAACAGUGUCGCACCCACAGCAUCUCCAGCUCCCCUCACGCCUCGCUAUUUCUCAGGACAGAGGGGGCGCACAUUUCAUGGACUGUUACCAAAAAAAAAAAGAAAAAGAAAAGUCAGUAUUAUGUGGUUCUCAGACACCUGUACUCUUUGUCCUCCAAGACUGCUCCAGGGCCUCUUUGUGAAACCACGCUAGGAAAAGAACACCGACAGUAAUGGUUCACAGGAAUCAUCAGUACCAUGGACACAGAUAUUCUCUCUCUAGAGGGAAGACAGAGCUGGAAUUUGAACACUGUUAAUAAAGCCGGAAACACUCCCAAGUGGACUCUGGGGUCUGAGUCACAGAGGUCCUUGUAAGUGUGGAGCACUGACUCACCCACGGGGGAGAAGACCCCCUACCCUGUUUGCACGCAUUUCUUGCCUCAGUGUGUAAGCUCCUUGUACAGCUACAUCCAUCUUGUAUUCUGUGGCCCAGAAAAAUGAAAGUUAUUUUAUUUUUUUUCCCUCCGUAAUCCAAAGGGCAGAGCUGUGGAAAGUGGUCAGGUUUAGGUGGGCAGGGGCCGAAAUAAAAUACUGGGCUCCUCACUCUG